CCCUUCUCUGUCCAGCCCAGUCGAGCUGCACUCCGGCACAAAUCGAUCUGAUGCAAGUGAAGAAGAGCGCAAAGAAGUCGUUGGUGAAGAUGCCCCAGUCGACGACUCUCCUGCAGCAUACCUGUGCACUGCGCGAGUGGCAAUCAUUGAAGAGCUGGCUGCAUACAAGGAUGAAGUGCAUGAUGCUAAGAUUUGGGCGAUCCGCCACUCACAAGAAAGGGUUGAGGCAAGAGCGGAAGCGCCUCCUGUGCGUCGUCAACGUGUGACCCUGCAUGGCAAGGCAUACCGGACUCAUGAUGGCAACCCAGUUGCGUCUCCUUUUGCCACAAUUGCGCUUCCAAGCAUGUUCGCUGGAAAUGCACCUGAGAAGGCCAAGUCUUGGGCAGACAUCGAUGACGACGACGAUGAAGAUAUUCAUAUGCCCGACUGGCUCAGAGAUUCGCUUGAAGCGCAAGCCGCCCAGGCUCAAACUCAAAACGAUUCGAGCGAAGCAUCACGAGCGGAGAUUGCUGCGCUGGAGGAUCCGGCCAGUAUUGGUGUUGCGCACGUUGAUGAGCCACAAAGGCGAUGUACUGUCGGUCGCCUUCACGGAUCGCUCUGUUGGACAGCAAUUUCGUGCGAGAAGCGAGACAGUUCGCUGCAUUACGAGUCAAUAUCUGAGGUGGACGAGGUGGACGAGGUGCAGACGGAGGAUGAUGCUUGGGAUGACGAUAAGACCAUGGAGGCCAUUGACGAUGAAACUGCAAAGCUUUUUGGGCUGCCUUGCUACGAUGCCCAGCAGGGUGUUGAUGAAGAUGCUUGGCAAGACGACGGCCGACGUCCAGUAGAUGCAGCCAGGUGCAGUCCUUUCACUACCCACGGUACGACUGCAAGCCUUUCUUAUGAUCAUACCUCCCUUUUCGGCCGCUCUCCUUCAGGCAUUCGUGCACGUUCACUUGAGAGGCCUGCUGAUUGCGUUGCAGGUUCAAUUUUGCCCUUAAUAGACAGGAGCAUUUGGCAUAGCGAGAUGUAUAGAAGCGUAGAUUAGUG